UUGCAAGCGGCGAUGAGGCUCUUUGACAGGGGGCCAAGGCGGGAAGGGACGAUCGAGAAGCCUCACGCUAAUUAGCGCUUUCAUCUUUUGGGGCAGUGCUCUUGGCGUACUCCGCCAUCACUACACCACCAUGCGACAUGUAAAGUCGGGAAAGUAGUUAGUUAGGAAGCUGCGUCCCUGCCAGUUGCUGCUGGGCUUCACUGUUGGCUUGCUAUUCGGCUCGUCAUCAUCAACAAUUGUCGCCUUCCAAUCGACUAUUUGACAAAGCACCAUCAACACUUUGCUACUUCAAAUCCACAUUAUCACACACCUUUUUAUCAUCGUACAUAACACAAACAGUCAAUCGAAGUCAUGUCCGCACAGGACGACCCUGUCCAGGGCCGCCGUAGGGCACCGACUAUUACCAUCGAUACUUCAUAUCAGACUCCACCCACUGAACUACGUCCUUCGAGCUCCUUUGACAACGACCGCGAGAGCCGACCGACUUCUCCUCACAAUGUCUCGUCACCGACCCAAAGCCACCAAAACUUCCUGUCUGUCCCUCCUGCACGCUCGCGUGCCGGAUCUUUCGAUACCCUAGGCACAACUUCGACAACAACAUUCGUCAACACACCUGAGCAUGGAGUUCCCAAAGCAUUCGGCCCACAUGACAGCCAUGGCGGCCCCGAGGUCCUCAGUGCUAGCGAGGCUCUACAUCCCGACCCUGGUACCGAGGCCGACUUCACCAGAGAGAACAACCCCUUUGCAUUUACCCCUGGUCAGAUGGGUAGAAUGUUCAACCCAAAAAGUCUUGGUGCAUUCCACGCCCUUGGAGGAAUCUCGGGCAUUGAGAAGGGUCUCAGGUCUGACCGUAAGACUGGUCUGAGUCUGGAAGAGCAACACCUUGAUGGCCACGUCUCAUUUGAAGAGGCCACUGACCACGAGAAUCCCAACGCCCAAUUCGUCAACAAGAGUGACGGUGCUGCCUCAUCUGCUAGUGGCCCUUUCUCAGACCGCGUUCGCAUCUUUGGCGACAACCGCCUGCCCGAGAAGAAGGCUAAGCCGCUGUGGCUUUUAGCUUGGGAGGCUUACAAGGACAAGAUUCUGCUCUUGCUUACUGGAGCCGCUGUCAUCUCUCUCGCCCUUGGACUGUACCAGACCUUUGGCCAGAAGCAUGAGCCCGGUAACCCGCCCGUCGAAUGGGUUGAAGGCGUGGCUAUUAUUGUUGCGAUCGUCAUCGUCGUUUCGGUCGGAGCUCUCAAUGACUGGCAGAAGGAGCGUCAAUUCGUCAAGCUCAACAAAAAGAAGGACAACCGUGUCGUCAAAGUCAUUCGCUCUGGCAAGACUCUGGAAAUUUCCGUUCACGACAUCUUCGCUGGUGAUGUUUUGCUCCUUGAGCCUGGUGACAUGGUCCCUGUCGACGGUAUUCUUAUUGAGGGUCACGGUAUCAAAUGCGAUGAGUCUUCUGCCACCGGUGAAUCUGACAUCAUCAAGAAGAGUGCUUCUGAGGAGGUCUGGCGUGCAAUGGAAGCUCAGGAACCACUCAGAAAGAUGGAUCCUUUCAUUCUCUCUGGCGCCAAGGUCACCGAGGGCGUUGGCAAGUUCCUUGUUGUUGCAACUGGUGUCAACUCGAGCUACGGAAAGACCAUGAUGUCUCUUCGCGAAGACAGCGAGGUCACACCGCUGCAAUCCAAGUUGAACGUGCUCGCGGAGCAAAUUGCGAAGCUUGGUGGAGCUGCUGCCUUGCUGCUGUUCAUCGUUCUUCUGAUCAAGUUCUGUGCGAAGCUUCCCGGAGACGAUAGAAGCCCUUCCGACAAGGCUCAGAACUUCCUCAACAUCCUGAUUGUUGCUGUUACCAUCGUUGUUGUGGCAGUCCCCGAGGGUCUUCCUUUAGCUGUCACUCUUGCCUUGGCUUUCGCUACCAAGCGUAUGACCAAGGACAACAACCUUGUUCGUGUGCUCAGAUCUUGCGAAACCAUGGGUAACGCUACAACUGUAUGCUCUGACAAGACCGGAACGCUCACCCAAAACGUCAUGACCGUCGUUGCCGGUGCCGUAGGUACCUCGUCUCGAUUCAGCGCAAAGGCUAGCAAAGAUUCAACUCAGCACGGAGUUGACGUCGAUAGCCUUGACACCCUCGAAUUCGCUGGCACGCUCAACAAAGACGUCGCGAAUCUAUUGAAAGCGUCGAUUGCGUUAAAUUCGACUGCUUUUGAGGGCGAGGAAGGUGGUAAGGCCGCAUUCAUCGGCUCAAAAACCGAGACAGCGUUAUUGGCCUUCGCUCGCGAUUUCCUUGCAAUGGACUCAAUCAGCAUAGAACGCUCGAAUUCGGAGCUGGUUCAAUUCAUGCCAUUCGAUUCAGGCCGAAAAUGCAUGGGUGUUGUUCAGAAGGUUGGCGACAAGUAUCGUCUCCUCGUCAAAGGCGCCUCCGAAAUCAUGCUGAAGCAAUGCACAAACAUAAUCAGGGAUCCGAGCAAGGGCGUGGAGAGCGUGGCUUUGUCGAACGACAACGUCACUAUGCUCAAUCACCUCAUCGAUAACUAUGCCUCAAACUCGCUCCGAACGAUCGGAAUGCUGUACAGAGACUUUGAACAGUGGCCUCCUAAGAAUGCCCGCCGAUCAGAGGACGACAAGACUCAAGCCGUGUUCGAGGACGUCUUGAAGGACAUGACCUUCCUCGGUGUUAUUGGUAUUCAGGACCCUCUACGCGACGGUGUCACAGAGGCUGUCAUCGAUUGUCUCACUGCGGGUGUCUUCCCUCGCAUGGUCACUGGUGACAACAUCAUGACCGCGAAGGCCAUUGCUACCGAGUGCGGUAUUUACACUGAAGGCGGUGUCGCACUUGAAGGACCUGUCUUCAGAAAGAUGUCGAAGCGAGAGCAACUGGAUGUCAUCCCCAGGCUACAGGUGUUGGCAAGAUCUUCGCCUGAUGACAAGCGCGUCCUGGUUAAGCGCCUGAAGGAGAUGGGUGAAACCGUCGCCGUCACUGGCGAUGGUACCAACGAUGCUCCUGCUCUCAAGGCUGCCGACGUUGGUUUCUCGAUGGGUAUUGCCGGUACUGAGGUUGCAAAGGAGGCAUCCGAUAUCAUUCUCAUGGAUGACAACUUCGCCUCCAUCAUCAAAGCACUCAUGUGGGGCCGCGCCGUCAACGAUGCUGUGCAGAAGUUCCUCCAGUUCCAGUUGACAGUCAACAUUACCGCCGUCUUGUUGGCCUUCGUCUCAGCUGUGGCCAGUUCUGAGGAGGCUUCUGUUCUUACUGCCGUUCAACUGCUCUGGGUCAACCUCAUCAUGGAUACGUUUGCUGCUCUGGCCCUCGCAACCGACCCUCCAACUCGCAACAUCAUCAAUCGCAAGCCCGCCCCGAAGUCUAGUCCACUGAUCACCGUGAACAUGUGGAAGAUGAUCUUCGGCCAAGCCAUCUACCAACUUGUUGUUACCUACAUUCUCUACUUCGGUCAGAAGCGAAACGGCAGUGGUAUCCUCGGCUACAGGGAUGAUGAUGAACGUGAACAACUCAACGCCACGGUGUUCAACACCUUCGUCUGGAUGCAGAUUUUCAACAUGUUCAACAACAGACGUCUCGACAACAAGUUCAACAUCUUCGAAGGUGUUCAACGCAACAAAUUCUUCUGCUUCAUUACGCUAAUUAUGAUCGGCGGGCAAGUUAUGAUUAUCUUUGUUGGUGGCAGAGCUUUCAAUGUUGUCAGACUUACUGGUGAGCAAUGGGGUAUUUCGAUAGGCUUGGGUGCCCUCUCGAUCCCAGUCGGUAUCAUCAUCCGCCUGAUUCCUGACGCGUUCGUGGCUUCACUGGUCCCAGCAUGGAUCAAACGCAGAGCUGCGCCAAAGCUCACUGUUGAGGAUGAGGCACGUCCAUUCGAGUACACACAGGCUCUUCUCGACAUUCGCGAUGAACUUGCCUUCAUCAAGAGAUUCAAGGGAGGAAGAUUGAACCAGAUCAAGUUCUCGAUCAAGCACCCGCGUGAGGCUAUUCUCCAAGCCCGCUCGGUAUCCAGAUCGCGUAGUAGCAUAUCUUUACCGCAGACACCUGGUGGCGAGCACGGUGAGGGCGAUGCUCAUUCGCUCGCACCUCCUACCCCUGAUUCACGUCGUCGCUCGCGUGGCAGAGCAAACUCCGCAUUGGCCGGCGCUGCCAUGGCUGGUAUCGUCGCUGGAAGUAUCGGUGCGAACUGGUCGGCAGAUCCUACCGCCGCCGCUGCUGCUACCACGGAAGGAAACAAGCAGUGAAUUCUAUGAUUAUGACGACCUUAUGUAUUUCUUGUUUUUUUAGAUACCCUUAGUCAAUGACUUUUUUUCUUUCAAUAUUUGCUCUCUCACGCCAAGGUACCAGAAUCAAAAAUCACUGUGCAUUCGAACAGCUGCAACCAUAUAUGCAUGAGAGGUCUCGCGGGAGAAACUCUUGAUGCGAGUAGGUACUGUCCUUCGGUCGAGCGAGCUGAAGCGAUGCAGGAUACCAGCGAUUCUGACUUUGAUACAUAUAUGAGCAAUUAGUAUAUCAAAGGUGUAUCAAGGGUAUAUCGAAGGUG